UGUUCCGCCAGUAACAAGAACAACCGCGGGUUAGUGGGGGUUAGUUACGGUCCGAAUCGCAAAUAUUCGGUGACGGUGUGAUGUGCGCGAAACCAAAGUGGUGAGAAAAAAAAGAGCAGCGUCGCGAGAAGGUGAAUUUUCUCCAAGGAGGGGCCCAGUGAACGCACGUGGGGCCAUGACUACGUUUCGCGUCGCGAUUCAACGCGUCGUUUCGCGUAGACCCCGUGACGUCGCGGUUCUCGUAAUUACGCAAUGACCAGUCGUCACGCUGCGGCAGCACGCCGAGUGUUAGGAAACUUUCGUCUCUCUCUUUCUCUCUCUAUCUACCUAUCUCUCUCUGUCCGAUCGAAAGACCGCCCCAUCUCGAUGGUUGAUCUCGAUGGAUGAACAAGUGUGCUGGUUUUAAUAAUCGAGGAUCGUCGAUUCCGACGACGAACGCUCGAGCUGACAACGACGCUCCAUUGUGUUCAAGGUUACCAGCAUGAGCUUCUGGUCACGCAGACGAUUCCGCAUCACUCCGCUGCGAGCGUUGGCGGCGUUGUUCCUGAUGAUCGUGCUGUUCUGGUACAGCCUCAGUCGGCAAGAGGCGCCGCGGCAACCGUGCAGCGUGCCCGAGGAAUUCACAGAGAAAUUGCACGAGCUUGCCUACAGGGUUCACCUGGUGCUAGCGAAACUGGGCAUCGUGCACUUUCUGUGCCUCGGAGGGCUCUGGGGUCAAGUUCGGAUCGGCCGUGCCCUGCCGUGGGCACGUAAGGUCGAGCUUUGCCUGGUCGACACGCUCAGAGACGACGUUCUAAUCACGAAAGCGUUCCGCGAAGUUGGUCUCAGCGCCACAUACCUGCACGCCGCUGGCGUUUAUCGAAUCCAGGAGCACGAGGUCGGCGAGGAUGCGCCCAAAGUGGAGGUCGUCGUCUUCGAAAAGGACGCUGUGACGCAAAUGGUAAGAAGAGUCGGCUGGACAAGAAGAGUGCUGCCCCCGGACUGCGAGUUUUCCCCGAGUCUGCAAUGUUUCCCACCGCAGCUCGUAAUCCCUCCGUUACCGGCUAAGCAGUUCGGUGGUAGAUUAAUACCUGUUCCCAGGGAAGGCAUCGAAUUGCAAAAAUAUCACUACCCUAACGACUGGUGGCUCGAGGUGAAGCCGACCGACUGCACCGAGCCGCAAGAAACGAGCGCGUAGUACUAGACUUUACGGUAGACAACACAAGAUAUAUUCCCGAUGCAACAACAAAUCUCUCCAGACAGACUGCGAAAUAUAUCCUCUAGGACUGCUAAAGAAAGAAACGUAAUGGCACGUUUGUGUUACCGCUGCUCGAUCCUGUUGCGGCAGCGACCUUUCUACUUUUCUCAAAUGUAAAUUCGUUUCGUGCGAAAUAAAGCUACUGCGCGGCCGUAGUAGAAUUUCCUUCGAAAGAAAUUCGAACGGAAAGGAAAGUUGCGCGCUAUUUAUUAUCGCGAAACGAAUGGUGACGUGUAAACCUUCAGACAAGUUUUUUACUUUAUAUUUAUAUUAUAUCAUUACUUUACUUUAUAUCAUAUCAUUAUUGACUAUUUUUAUAAGAUGCUAGAGAUUUGGUAUUUUCUUAUGUUCGCUAAUAAUCAAAAUUUUCGUUUGCACAUCGCUUUUGGAACAUAAAGUGGAAAACCUGUCCAGCCGGAAACUUUUACAGACUACUCUGUAUAGUGCGUUUUGUAUAUUCAAUGUAGGUGUAUAAAAGUUAAUUCUGGAACUUAUAAAUAACUCGUUAAGUUUCAUAUUCGUUUAAGAGUCGUAUGUAUUAUACACGAGGCAAUGAAAGUUAAUGUUUUAUUUUCAACGACUUUCGGACAAUUUCCUUCUUUUAAUUAUUAACAACAAAUGAUCGAUGAAUGCAGUUAUCCUGCGACGACAGAUUUCGGCAUUCAAAGAUAUAAAUGAUUUUCUAACUAAAAGUCGCUUCUAAAAAAGUAAUUUGAAUUAUAGCUGAGCUGUAUGUAUACGUAAAAAAGUUUCAACGUUCGAAAUCAUCGGAUAAAAAAGAUUUUUCGAAAACUUUCCGCGUGGUAGACAGAAAGAAGCAAAUUCCGCCAUUAUAUCGAUCUCAUACUCUGAUUCUUUCUACGACUUGAGGAGAUAACGAACUCAAGAAACAAUAUCAGUAUAAUUAACAGGAAAAAUUAAAUUUUCCAAACGUUAAUUAGAACUUACGAAAAUUAGACAACUGUAAAGUAAGAAAAUUGUUCCUCGCACGAAACAAUUUCAUCUAACGAAUAAGAAAUUUUAGAGACAAGUCUGAUACCCUUGCACUUUGUCGACUGCUUUAAUCGAAUUGUUAGAAUUAAUAUGAAAAUUAAUAUUUGUAUUUUUACGAAAUGUUAACAUUUCUUCAACCAAAAUUCUUUUUGUAUCAAUAUUUGUCCUCAAAAUUUUUUUUAGAUCUUCUAAGAUCUAACGAAUGAGAAAUUUCAGAGACCAGUCUGAUGCCCUUGCAUUUUGUCGAUUGCUUCAAUUCAUUUAUAAUCGAAUUGUUAGAAUCAACACGACUGUGUUUUUAUAAAGUAUUAAAAUUCCUCCAAUCAAAAUUCUCUUUAUACCGAUAUUUGCCUUCGGGUUUUCUCGUUUCCCUCGGAUAAUAUAAUAAUUUAAAAAACUGUGACGAGAUUGAGUGCCUGUAACACACAGUUUCCGAAACGGUUUAAGUAUUAAAACUCGAGUCCUCGCGUAAUACAUGAUAAACGUUGUACGAGAACACGGGGCACCGAGUGUGUGAUUUAUUAUCGUUAUAUCCGUCAUGCUUCGCGUCACGUAUGCAAUACGUUGUCGCGUUUGUGUCACUAUGGGACAAGGUGUUGGAUCGUCAUCAACAUACCGCAAGUGCAAAGAGCUGAAUUUACCAUAAAUCGUGCACAGGCAGAACCGCAGUAAGACGAUGCGAAUGGAAUAAUAAAACAUUACUUUUAUGCUGUCUGAAACUUUUAUCGUCACACUUUCCGUCUAUAACAUCUUCAGAUACGUUAUACUUAUUUAAAGAAAAAAAAAAAAAGUUUGUUCAAUCUCCAAUUCAAUUUUUCUUUUUCUUUCUUUUUUCUUUUUUUUUAUCAGAUAUUCAUCUUGCUGUGAUUCUGUGCAUAUCCAUUUUAAAUGGUAUUUAUAUAAAUCACCUAAAUAGAAAUCUCUAUCCCGUAACCAACUUUGAUUCGAAGCGUCGAAAGACACAGAUAUGCUUCCUCCAAAGCUUUAAUAGUACAAUUAUUUAUACGAGUAUUUAUACCGCUUUUUAUACCGCAGUGUCAAUACACAGUGUUCUAUAACGUUCUCUAUCAUUUUUCCACGUUUCUACAAAUUCUCGUGAUCAUAUUCUCGAAAUCAACGUUAGGUAUUUAUCGUCAUUGUCGUUUCACCGAAUACUAAUUGUAUUUUUAUUUAUAAAACGUAGGACUUUCUCGACAAUAGUUCACAAUGAUCCAUUGUGAAUGUUGAAAUUCCUUACAAUGUGAUUUAGUAGAAACAAUUAUCUUCUUGUAUUUUAUAUUUUUUUUUCUUUCUUUUAUUUCACUUGUUGACGUUUAAGAAGGAGAAUAAAUGUCGGAAAAUAGUCGAAAGUUUUCCUUUGUUAACUUAGUAUACGAGUGAGAAAUUUGACGAAAGUGGAACAACUUAAUAUCAUCGCAGACAAAAGAAAAAAAAUAAAUUAUAGGAACGAUCACGCAAGGAAUAAAAGUGUUUGUUAACACUCUACCUAUGCCAUGCUUUCACAAAUCGUUAACCAGCGUUCACACCUUUCUGUCGGUUUGCGUUUACAAAUUAAAUGGCACAUAUCAUCCCUCAUAUUUUAUACCGGUGCGCACAGCUGUAUGUAACGUACCUUGUGAGUAACGAUCUGAAUUAUUGUAGUUGUCUCUCUCGAAACCUUACACGUGGUUAAAUAAAAACAUGUAAAACAAA